CUCUGAAUGAGUCUCCACAGCUAAAUGCGUCGAAAGUCAACAGAGGAGAUAAGAGAGGCACUGCCUGUCAUUUCCGCGAUCUUCCAUUCAUUUGGCAUUGUCACAACUUACCGGGCGACUCCCACCCAUGGGUCAUCAAACUCUACCACCGCCAUCCUGGUCAUGGACACACCCAGCAGAGUUCAUGAGGUAUCAAUGACCUCACGUCUACACGCCAAGAGCCAGUCAAUUCCCAAGAGAAGCGAUUAUCAAGGAAGCCAGGUAAUACCGGACCAAGUCUAGGACGCGUUCUCGACGUCGAAGGCCCAAAGCAAUGAAAUAUAAGAGCAAAGAGCUAUCCAGACAGUCGAAACCCCCAAACUGUAACGCAUAUUUUUGAUCAACUAUUAGUAUCUCUUGCGCCAAGAUGACUAAAGGUCUGACCUUCGAUAUCCGCUACGACAACGAGCUCGCCCAUCAAUACUACGGGGAAGGGGACCAGCUCACUCAAAAGCUCCAAGACGUCUAUAAGGACAAAAACCUGGAGUUCCCCCAACAUUUCGAUUCCACACUGACCACCCCACCGAUCCACUUCAUGACGGUCGAGGCGCCUGACGAUGUAGAUGUGGACGGACUGAGGGAUGUGCAUGUCCCUCCAGGCUUGAAUGUCGAGAUUCUCGACUUCGAUUGAAAUUUCUAGUAAAUAGUUUGGAGGACAAAGAAAUUGGAAGCACUGCA